CCAAACCCGAAAAGCCGAGGACGGGACGGUCCAGUCUUGUCCGUUGAAUAAUAUAAUGCUUGGCAAUUCUACGUCCGACUGCCCGGACGGCGUCGGCUGGAUUAACGAUUAUCUUGGUGAAUGCGUCACAACAGACGUGCAGAUUGCUUCGGCAUUUAUUGGCCUUUCUUCGAUCGGAUUUUGGCUGGUCGCACAAUCGCCCCAAAUUUACAUGAAUUUCAAGAAUGGAAAUUGCGAAUCGCUGGCGCUCCUGUUCUUGGUCCAGUGGCUGCUGGGCGAUAUCACAAAUCUUGUCGGCGCAAUUUUGACAGACCAGCUCCCUACGCAAGUCUACACUGCCGUCUACUUUUGCUGCAUCGACGCCAUCAUGGUGUCCCAAUACGCCUAUUACAAGAUCCGCGACCACCGCCUGGCUCGCAAAUCCCUCUCAAGGAAUGGCCGAACCACCUCGCUGCAUGUCGCCUUGUACAUGGCGCUCUUCUCCAUCAGCGGCAUUUCCAUGUUUGCCUUGCGCGAGAACUUGAUUGGCUCGCAGAUGGGCGCCGAGGCUGUUGCUGCUGGCGGCCGCUCGCUGUUGCACAUCACCUUCACUGACACGACUCAAUCCAAGAUUGGCUAUGCACUUGGCUGCAUUUCCGCCACGCUGUACCUGUGCUCGCGUGUGCCUCAAAUUCUGAAGAAUUACCACCGCAAGUCUGUCGGUGGGUUGUCGUUCGCCAUGUUCCUCAUGGCUGUUUUGGGAAACGUCACAUAUGCCAUGGGUGUCUUCAUGUACAACACGGACGGCGACUUUCUCAUUGACAAGCUUCCUUGGUUGGUUGGCAGUGUUGGCACUGUCUGCUUUGAUUGCACCAUCUUCAUCCAGUUCGUCUUGUACGGACGCCACUUUGACCACGACGUGGAGCAAACAUUCAAGUCGCAUCCCACGGACGAGGACGAGGAUGUGCACCAUUCUGAUCACCACGAGCGGUCUUCUCUCAUCAACCCUUCUUCUAGCCGACCACCGCUAAUCCGCACCAAUUCACCUCUCAUGGUGAAUGUAUCCAAGAGAUCCUCUGCUGUUGCUUGAGCGAUGGUUGUUGCGUUCUAUUAUUUUUGCGUCCUCGUGCGUUUUGUCUGUUAUUCUUCGUGUCCGCUCCCUGGCUGCGCUCCCCGCUCCCGUUCGUUUUCCUUUUUCUUUUUUUCUUUUUUCACUAUUUGUCAAUGUCGGUGGAUGUUGAUUGUUUCCUGUCGAUGGCUUGAUCUCGUUAGUACUCGCACAGUCUUUUUUUUUUUUUUUU